AUGGCAGCAAGCGGGGGAAACUUCUCUUGGGCAGGCAACAGCAAAAGAGUUACAGCCGAUGCAGCUGGGGUCACCUUACCCCACCCUCUUUCCAACCUCAAUCUUCUAGAUCCCUCAGCUCUAUCUCAGCUCGAUGAUGAUGUUCUUACGCAGGAGAUCAAGAGGCGUAAACUGCUAGCUAAGGAGGCUGCAAGCAAGAAAGGAGAUGUCAACACCUUGCACAGUGUUCAGGAAGCUGCUCAGGCAGCGCCUCCAGUCCGUCGGGGAGGCCGGCAGAGCAAACGUGGCGGAGCAGGGCGCGGUCGUGCUAGCUCUUCGAAUGGCAAAACUCCCGCUGGCGCAACCUCCGCUGCCCCUGAUUCCGCCGGCGAACCCUCCCCUGCCGAUACUGGAGUCGCGGUCUCGCCUACACUGGCUCUUGCAUCUGAGGACCUCAAUAACGCCGCUGGUGGCGUUGCAUGCAGUGCACCCGAAGCCGCUCCUCUUGCUGGGGGCGUAGGCUGCAGUGCACGUGAGGCUGCUCCUCUCGCUGGCGGCGUCGGCUGCAGUGCACGUGAGGCCGCUCCUCUCGCUGGCGGCGGAGGCUGCAGUGCUCGUGAGGCCGCUCCUCUCGCUGGCGGCGUAGGCUGCAGUGCUCGUGAGGCCGCUCCUCUCGCUGGCGGCGUAGGCUGCAGUGCUCGUGAGGCCGCUCCUCUUGCUGGUGGCGUAGUCUGCACAGUCAUGGAGGCCGCUGAGGAGGGAGGCGCGAUUCCGUUCGGCAAUUUCGGCAUUGAGGCUUGUAGCGAUGACGACAAGCUCAACGACGACGAUGCGGAUGAUGCUGUCGGUGCUCAAGCGGGAACUAAUGCAGAGUUGCGCGAAGCGGAGGUUCGCGCAGCGGAGUUGUGCGCAUUGGAGAUGCGCGCAGCGGAGCUUCGCGCCGCGGAGCUUUGCGCAUCGGAGGUGCGCGCAGCAGAGGCGCGGGCAGCGGAGUUGCGCUCAGCGGAGUUGCGCGCAGCAGAGGUUCGCCAAACGGAUAAGGCUACACCCACGUCGCAUCAGAAUGAAACGGCAGCACCCGCAAGGCGUGAACGGUCGCAAGUUGCUGGUGCGCACCAUUUCAGGGAAGCACGACAACUGGAGGCGCAACUACGUGACCUGCAGAACACGGUGUCUGUGCUUCAAGCUCAGCUGCAGGAGGCAAGGACCAAGAUCAAGACGCCGCAUUUGGUGCGCAAGUACAUAGCUGAGGGGACCACACAAGAUGAGUACUACCUCUUCAUGGGCGGGAACAGCAAGCGCAUUGAACGGGCGCUGAAGGUGAUUGGCUGCAAACGUGCGAACAUGAACAAGCCGAUCAAGCUCUGGGCGUGGGGUGCUGGUGGCGUCAUUGACAAGGAAAAGUGGUUCCUCUUGAAGGUUGGUGGCAUCAUUCCAACACAGGCGCGUGAUGAGGAGUGGGUCGAGAAGUUUAAACAUCCGAAGUAUGGCUACGACUGGCACUGCUCUGCUCAGGGCCGACCUUUUGCGAAUGCGGGCUUUGAGCUGGCAGUCAAGAAGGCAUUCGUCAGUGCCCGGUGCAACAUGUUUGCAGUUAAGAUUCCUGCAGUCGGCUAUCUGUGCAACGUGGUCGAAUGGCCAUUGGAGAAUCACAAGGGCAAGAAGGGCUAUGCAUCACUUGACAACAACGAGACCAACAACCGCAACAAUGUGCAUGCCAAGACGAGGGUGGUUGCGGCAUGGCUGAAGAAAACCCUUGACAGGGAGCCUGCCACAUUCAAGAUCGAUGAGCCCAUGGGGUUUGAGAUGGGUGUUGGGAAGGUUAGGAUUUUGAUUGAGGGCUAUGAGCUGUUUUUCUUCCCCUCUGGGGUCGUUCCAACCCCCUGGCCUCCUGUUAACAAUCUGCUGCGGGGCGGGCAAUGUGGACUGUGGGGUGGAGGCCAAGUGUACGAAAAGGGACAGCAAGGCCGAGUGUGUGUGCCCUGGGGCUCUAGUCUUCGACGCCACUGCCAAGCAGUGGCGUGGAGAGUGGGGGCUCCUGGGGCGUGGGUGCAGGAGAGUGGGGGCUCCUGGGGCGUGGGUGCAGGAGAGUGGGGGCUCCUGGGGCGUGGGUGCAGGAGAGUGGAGCCUCCUGGGGCGUGGGUGCGGGAGAGUGGGGGCUCCUGGGGCGUGGGUGCUCGUGCCCUGCCGCCCCCACCCUCGUGUGCCACCAUUGUGUGUCCGACCAACUCCACCUGCAAUGCCACUGCCGACCCGCCCUGCACCUGCGAUGAAGGGUUUGAGAUGAUAAACGGCCAGUGCGUUGGUGAGUUUCCUCCUUCUCGCCUUCUCCCUUCUCUCCUUCCUUCUCUCCCUCUUCUUGCCCUCUCCCUUCUCACCGUCUUCCUUCUCUCCAUCUCCCUUCUCUCCUGUUUCCUUCUAUCCCUCUUCUAUCUCUCCCUCUUCCUCCUCUCCUUCCAUCUUGCCUUCUUCCUUCUCUCCAUCUCCCUUCUCAUCUUGCUUUUCUCCCACUUCCUUCUCUCCUAUUUCCUUCUCUCCCUCUUCCUUCCCUCCCUCUACGUUCUCCCUCUCUUUUUCUCUCGUUCUUGCUUCUGUCCCUGUUUCUUCUCCCCCUCAUCCUUCCCUCUUGCUUCUCACUUUCUCUCGUCUCACCCUCUCCCUUCUCACUCUUGCUUCUCUCCCUCUUCCCUCUCGCCAUCUUUAUCCACUGCCUUCACUUGCUCUCUCCCUGACCAGACACAAAUUCAAGGAACACCACUUAUUAGCGCCGCCCCCUGGAACCGCACCCCCUCCCUCCCUUCCUUCCUCCACACCCCUGCCCCACCCAGAGUUGUCUCUGCCCUGUCCUUUAGACGGCAGCCAGCCCUCCCACCCCCCCGUCCCCGCCACCUACCCCCCACAGUAGCAGCCGCGGGAGGGGAGAGGCAGGGCAGAGGGUGGUGCUCUGCUGGCGGGGUUCUCUGCUGGCGGGGUUCUCUGCUGGCGGGGUUCUCUGCUGGCAAGGUUCUCUGCUGGCGGGGUUCUCUGCUGGCGGGGUUCUCUGCUGGCGGGGUUCUCUGCUGGCGGGGUUCUCUGCUGGCGGGGUUCUCUGCUGGCGGGGUUCUCUGCUGGCGGGGUUCCUUGCUGGCGGGGUGCUCUGCUGGCGUCUGCCGUCCCCCACGGGCCAACACACCACCACCUCCCCCUCCUUUUGGAAAUGGAGCGGGAUCUGACGGCGGGGCAGGGACGAGGCGGGACGACGGGAUGGUCGCGGGGUGCGGGUUCGGACGGGAUACGGGGGAUCUGCGCGGACGGUUGGUGAGCUGGCUGGCGAUCCGCCGCCACGCCCUUCGCGUUUUUCUCUCUCUUCCCCACAGCGACCGUCGCUGCACACGCGAGUAG